GAGAGCACGCGCAGAAUUAUUUUUAAACAAAACUUUAAAAAUUUAGAAAAAUGUAUUGUCUUCUUCGAAAAUGGCGGCAAAUACAACCAGCUUUUGUAAACGCAGUUACUGUGGAGAGUGAUAUUAGCAACAAUUACAGCAAAGCGUACUGUUUUCCAUUCACCUCACAUCGCUAUACAUCAAAUCACUACGGAACUAAAGUUAGUAAACCAUCAUCUACUCGGGAGGCGCCGCUAAACUACAUCGGAAAUAAAAUAAGCCGUUCACCAGCAUUGGAACAAAAUUUUAGGUUAAUUUCUAGACGUUUGAUGUCAAAAGAUGAAAUACGAGAUUUCGGUGCCGUAUUGCCAGAUGUUGUGCGUGAUCUUGGCUCUAUAGCUGAACAAUACAACAGCAAAGAAGCGGGGCAAUGGUUCAAGAAGUGUCUUGAGUAUAAUUUACCACUUACAAAUUACAAAAAUGGCCUAAUCCCCGUUUUGACAUACAAAACUGUAGAUAAAGGCGAGCAAAUAAAUGCGGAACAUUUAAGACUGGCACAUAUGCUUGGCUGGUGUUUUGAAAUGAUGCUGUGGUGCAUACUCAUGACCGAUGAUAUGAUGGACAAAAGCACAAUACGUCGUGGUCAGUUGUGUUGGUAUAAGUUUAAGGAGGUCGGUCUCUCUGCCAUAAAUGAUGUAAUCCUGAUAGAGAAUGGACUUUAUGAGCUUCUCAACAAACAUUUCCGCCACUUAGAUUGCUAUGUUGAUCUUCUCGAAUUGUUUCAUCAAAACACUUUUAAAUGUUUAUGUGGGCAAUCAUUAGAUUUGCUUCUCACUAAAAGGAAUGUGACUACCUUCAAUAUGGAGACGUAUGAUUCGCUAGUGUUGAAUAAGACUUCCUGUCAUUUUUUUUAUUUGCCCGUUUUUGCAGGGCUUCAUUUGGCAGGAGUUAAAGAUAAGCACGUUUUCGAUGAAUCCCUGAGCAUUUUAUUUGACUUAGGCCAUUAUUCGCAAGUUCAGAAUGAUUUUCAUGACUGUUUCGGUGAAUAUGAAUUCACUGGCAAAAUCGGCACAGAUAUUGAAACUAACAAAUGCUCCUGGUUGGCGGUGAAAUGUAUGGAACUGGCAAACCCACAACAAAAGUCUAUUAUGGCAGACUGUUAUGGACACAAUGAUCCUCAGAAGAUAGCGCGCGUCAAGCAAGUUUACGAAGAAUUGGAUAUGCUCAAUAUUUACGCCAAAUAUGAGGAAGAGACAUGCAAUCGUAUUCUUAUGAAUAUCCAAAAAACAUCAGAUGCAGGGCCGCGAGAGAUUUUGAUAGAAAUUCUUUGUCAAAUUUAUGACAAAGAAAUUAAGACUAAAUCAUCUGCUGUUGCCUUCAAUCCGAACUUUAUACUAAAGAUAUGUAUGAAAAUGUUUUCUAUAAUGCGUAAAUUUUUGCCGAUACGUACGAGUACAACUGCUGGCAUAGUUGGAAAAUGCCGUAAUAAUAUCGAAAAAAACGAAAUCCGAUUUCCGUUUCGUCUAUUCUCACAAUACCGUUGCAUGUUCGCAGUUGGUGCUGGUAGUACUCCUAUUCAGCCCUUAGGAUUUAAUUUAGAGGAAUCCCAGCAAUUCGUGAUCUUAAAACGGGCAUCAUCAUCAUUGGAGAAUCACAUUGUAGCAAAGUCAAAUCAUUGUUCAACACAACAUGAGAUCCGUGAAUUUAUGACAGUUUAUCCAGACAUUGUUAAUGACCUUAUUGACACAUUGGAAAGAUACCAAUGCAACGAUUUGGCGGAAAGCUUCAGAAAGACUCUGGAGUACAAUUUACGACUUUCAAACGGGAAGCAUGGUAUAAUCCCCGUAUUGACAUAUAGGAGUAUAGUACAAGAACCGGACCUCACAUCAGAAAAAAUUAAAUUAGCACAAAUACUUGGCUGGUGUAUUGAAAUAUCCCAUGUUUUAGCCUUCAUUACCGAUGAUGUAGUGGACAACAGCACCACGCGUCGUGGGAAAGUGUGUUGGUACAAAUUGGAUGGAGUGGGUUUGAAUGUCAUACACGAUUCUAUAUUGCUUGAGAAUGCCAUCUUCGUACUUCUCAGAAAACAUUUCAGUCAUCUAGAUUGUUAUGUUGAUUUGUUCGAGCUAUUUUAUGAAUGCAUUUUCAAAUGUAUUUGCGGCCAAUCAACGGAUGUGAUUGUUAGUACAAGGCAUGUGAACUCGUUCGAUAUGGACACGUUGAAUUCGAUUGUGAGGAAUAAAGCUGCCAGUAACUUUUUUUAUUUACCAGUAGCGGCUGGUUUGUUUUUGGCGGGCGUCAAGGACCAAAAGAUAUUUGAAGAAUGUCAAAAAAUUACAUUUGAGUUAGGAUAUUACGCUCAAGUUCAAAAUGAUUUUCUUGAUUCAUUUGGAAAUCCGGAUUUCACUGGUAAAAUCGGCACAGAUAUAGAAUGUAACAAGUGUUCUUGGCUGGCGGUAAAGUGCAUGGAAUUAGUCGAUUCAGAACAAAGGGCUAUUAUGGAGGAGUGCUACGGCCAAAAAGAUCCGGAAAAAAUUAAUAGUGUUCGAAAGCUCUACGAGGAGGUUGGACUGCCCACCUUAUGUGCCCAGUUCGAAGUAAAAAUAUGCAAUAGAAUCAAAAUGCAAAUUGAUCAAACACCGGUUCAGAUGUUACGUGAAGUGUUUUUAGAAUGUCUUAAUUAUGUCUCCAAUAGAGGAAUUAAGUGAUUUAAAUCAAAUUUAACACUCCAAAACUAUUCAAUUACCAAAAAAUGGAUAUAUUCGUAAAAAAUGCAUCA